CUUGCUCCUCACCCACCUCCUCAGGACACCUGCACGCACAGGGCUGAGCAGUGGAGGAAGGUACCCUGUUUCUAGACCCCAGGCCUGUGCUGCACUUGCACCCCUGCCUCAACCCGCAGCUGGAAAGGGAGGCGCCAGGCAGGCGGGCGGGCAGUUGAGGAAGAGAAAGUUGGGGUUGAGUUGGGUCACCCUGCGGUUACCCUGGACUCUGGCCCACUGAUGCUCCCUAGCUCGAAGCCCUGGCCAUGGGUUGUGGGGGCUGCAGGAGCUGGUAGCCAAGCUGGGUACCUGCAGAAGCGAGAACAAGCCUCCAUCUGGCUCUGAGCCCAAGCCAUGUGCCCAGCCCUUUGACCCUGGGGCUGCAGCCUCGGCCACCGAGAGCAGCAGUGGACCCUGGAGGCCCGAGCAUCCGGACUUCUUCUCUGCUAUGGGGGAUGAGCAGGAAGAGGCUAUCCCCGGGCAGCUCAGAGAGAGCAUGGACGACCUCAGCCUAGACUUGGAGGCCCUUCAAGGCAGCGAGUAUCUCAAGGACCUGGGACUUGGGGCCCCUUCCCACAGCCAGACAGGGGGGACCAAACACAGUGGCCCCCCCAGUGAAGCAGUGGGAAGAGAUUCAUCCUUCAGUUCGGCGGGGUCCCAGGGCCUGCCUCAGAGACGCAGCUGGGAGAGGUCACGGAGCUGCUCAGACAGCUGGCAGAGGCUCAGCCUUGACGCCUCCCCUGUGAAUGAAGGGCCCUGUCUCCCUCGGACACUAGCUAGCCUUGCUCUGAACCUGCCCGGAGAAGGUCUGCAGGCCUGGACUAAAGAGUGUCUGUCUGAGGACAAGACCCCAGCAGAGCACCCAGGCAAGGAAUGUAACAGCCCUGAGAAAAGAGUGAGGUCACGGUCUGUUCCCAUGUCGGUUGAUGAGAUCAGCUCCCUGGAAAUCUCUGGGGCCUUGGAGGUGCCCGUUCCAGCUGUUCAAGGACUAGAGCCCCCCAUACUGGAGUGCAUGGAAAAGGACCACGUGGAGUCGAAUCAUGUGCUGAUUGUCCAGCAGGUGCUGCAAGAACUUCGACAGUACCAUGGGGCUCGGCAGAGGGCUCGAUUGUCGGUCAGCCCCGGAGGAGCCCAUUCAAACCUCACCUGGUUUGAGUUCCUGUCUGAGAGCGAGGAUGGUUCCAGAAAGAUGGAGAGGAGUGACAGGGGCACCGGGGUGAAGCGCAGACUCAGCUCCCUCCGCAGCCGGGUCACCAGGCAGAAGGAAAAGGGGAAGAGCCCAGUGCAUCUAAAGGACAAAGGUCAGGAUGCUCGAGAGAGGAAGGAAUGUGUCAAUGGCCACCAGCUGGCACAAGGAACCUUCUCCAGCCACUCCAACUGCCCCCUGUGUGGCGAACCCUUUCUGAGCUCUGCAUCCCUGAAGGAGCACCCGAGGGCCACCCUCUUGUCCGAUGGCAGCCCGGCCCUGUCCAGGAAUGUCGGCAUGACGGUCUCGCAGAAGGGGGGUCCACAGCCAGCACCCAGCCCGGUGGGAACGGGGCUGCGACUCGGACCAGUCACAGGAGAAAUGGAUGAAGCCGACUCUGCAUUUUUUAAAUUUAAGCAGGCAACUGACGACUCCCUUUCACUUACAUCCUCAAAUGCCGAGUCCACUUUUGUAGAAGACCCCUACACUGCCUCGCUGAGGAGUGAGAUCGAAUUGGAUGCCCACGAGUUCGAGGCCGAGUCCUGGAGCCUCUCUGUGGAGCCGGCGUAUGCAAAGAAACAAAAGAGGGAGGUGGUGAAAAGACAGGAUGUGCUUUACGAGCUGAUGCAGACGGAGGCGCACCAUGUACGGACACUGAAGAUCAUGCUCAAGGUCUACUCCAGGGCCCUGCAGGAAGAGCUGCAGUUCAGCAGCAAGGCUAUUGGCCGCCUCUUCCCGUGCGCGGACGACCUCCUCGAGGUGCAUAGCCAGUUCCUCUCUCGGCUGAAGGAGCGCCGCCAGGAGGCCCUGGAGGAGGGCAGCGACCGGAAUUACAUCAUCCAGAAAAUCGGGGACCUCCUGGUACAGCAGUUUUCAGGUGAAAACGGGGAGAGAAUGAAAGAAAAAUACGGUGUCUUUUGUAGUGGCCACAAUGAAGCGGUCAGUCAUUACAAGUUGCUGCUGCAGCAAAAUAAGAAAUUUCAAAACUUGAUCAAGAAAAUCGGCAACUUUUCCAUUGUGCGGCGGCUGGGCGUGCAGGAGUGCAUUCUUCUUGUCACUCAGCGCAUAACCAAAUACCCCGUGCUGGUGGAACGUAUCAUCCAGAACACGGAAGCUGGCUCCGAGGACUAUGAAGACCUGACCCAGGCCCUGAACCUCAUCAAAGAUAUCAUCUCACAAGUGGACGCCAAGGUCAGCGAGUGCGAGAAAGGCCAGCGCCUCAGGGAGAUCGCAGGCAAGAUGGACCUGAAGUCCUCCAGCAAGCUGAAGAACGGGCUGACCUUCCGCAAAGAGGACAUGCUGCAGCGGCAGCUCCACCUAGAGGGCACCCUGUGCUGGAAGACCACAUCCGGGCGCUUGAAAGACGUCCUUGCUGUCCUGUUGACCGACGUGCUCUUGCUGCUACAAGAAAAGGAUCAGAAAUAUGUCUUUGCUUCUGUGGACUCAAAGCGCCCCGUCAUCUCGUUACAAAAGCUCAUUGUGAGGGAAGUGGCCAACGAGGAGAAAGCCAUGUUUCUGAUCAGCGCCUCCCUGCAAGGGCCCGAGAUGUAUGAGAUUUAUACCAGCUCCAAAGAGGAGAGGAACGCCUGGAUGGCCCACAUCCGAAGGGCUGUCGAGAGCUGUCCGGAUGAGGAGGAGGGGCCCUUCAGCGAGGCCGAAGAGGAAAGGAAGGUGGUCGAGGCCCGCGCCAUGAGGCUGAGGGACUUCCAAGAGCGACUGAACCUGAAGGACCAGCAGAUAGCUCAGAGCCUCAGUGAGAAGCAGCACAUCUACCUGGAGAUGGCUGAGAUAAGCGGACUGGAAGACUUGGCUCAGUCGCGACUCCUCUUCCGAGGAGGGGAUCCCUCAGAAAACCUGCAGGGGGAGCUGAUCCUCAAGUUGGCCAUGACUGAGAUUGAGGACAUCCAGAGCCUGAUCUGUAGGCGGCUGGGCAACACCAACAGCCAGGCGGAAGAUGGAGGCGGUUCCAUGGGCCUCAGCCCAGCCAUGAUUUCCUACCUGGGCUGGCGUGGGGCAUCUAGACCCCUGCAGGACCUCCAGCAUCCUUAUGUGCCUGGCUUGGGGUUUUCAGAUGGCAGUUUUAAGAAGAAGGUGUGUAGCAGCGACCCCAGCCCCCGAGACUGGCAAGACCCUAUGAGCGGCAUGGAUGUGAAGCUCAGCGACACCCCAGGGGCUUCCGAGGAAGCACCACAGACGGGGGAGGUGUUGGGCCCUGAGUCUGGCCCCUGUCUGCCCACUGUCCUGGAGUCCGAGCUUGUCCAGCGGAUCCAGACGCUAUCCCAGCUGCUCCUUAGCCUCCAGGUGGUCAUAGCCCAGCAGGACAGCUAUGUGGAGAUGCAGAGGGCCACCAUCCAGGAGCGUGAGAAGCAGUUACGGCUACAGUCGUCACGCGGGAACCUGCUGCUGGAGCAGGAGCGGCAGCGAAACUUCGAGAAGCAGCGGGAGGAGCUAGCAGGCGUGCAGAAGCUGCAGAGCCAGCUGCGACUGGAGCAGCAGCGCUGGGAGCGCGAGCGGGAGCGCCAGCGGCAGGAGCUGGACCUGGCCUCAGCCCGGCUGCAGCAGCGCCAGAGCGAGGCGGCGCAGCUGCAGGAGCGGCUGAGUCAGGAGCGCGCGGAGCUGGAGCAGCAGCGCCAGGCCUACCAGCAUGACCUGGAGCGCCUGCGCGAGGCCCAGCGUGCUGUGGAACGCGAUCGUGAACGUCUGGAGCUCCUGCGCCGGCUCAAGAAGCAGAAUACGGCACCGGGUGCACUGCCGCCAGAGUCACCGUUGGAGGUCCAGCCCCCAAGCCACCCCGCCAGCUUUAACGGGGAGGGGCUAGAAGGGCCGGCAGCCCUGGCCAAAGGUCCAGGGCCCCGGGUGAGCAUGUUGCUGUCUGGCACUGGACCUGAAUACCCUGAGCGCCCUGAGGUGGCUCGACGGGACAGCACCCCAGCUGACAGCCGGCCGGCUAAGAGCGACGUGCCCAUCCAGCUGCUCAGCACCACCAACCAGAUCCAGAGACAGGCAGCUGUGCAACAGCAGAUCCCCACCAAGCUGGCCGCCUCCACCAAGGGAGGCAAGGACAAGGGCAGCAAGAGCAGGGGCUCCCAGCGCAGUGAAAGCUCAGCUUCGCUCGACCUGAAGCAGCAGCUGAUUCUCAACAAGUUUAUGGGCAAGGACGAGAACACCUCUCGGAACCGCCGCUCACUGAGUCCCAUCCAGCUCGGCAGCCAUAGCUCCAUGCCCCCACCAGACCCCUUCUGCCAGGCCCCGAGCCCAGCCCCAGCUGACAUGUCUCCCGAGUGCUUCCCCCUCAAGGCCGGGGGUACACCCUUCCCACCCGUGUCACCUCACCCAGCACCACUCAACAAGGAAGAAGCCAGCAAAGAAGAUGUCAUCUUCUUCUAGGGGGGGUGUCUUGAGGUGCAGACCCGUCCCUGUCCUGCCCACCCUCUGUGCUCUCUGGGGAACCACCCAGCUGUCCCUUUUCCCUGCCCAGCAAACCACCACGGCUGACUGCCUGGCUGGGUUUGGGUUCGGGGUCAGCGUCGGGGCUCACCUGUCUCACACACACACACACACAGAAGUUCGACCAGCGCUAACCCAAGGAGCUGAUUGAAAUCGUAGCACCAUUUGGGCAGGGAGAGAUCCACUCCAUGCCGUUUUCCCAAGGUAGAGACAAAUGGCGGUGGUUCCACAUGGAGCCUGAUGGCAGGCCAGACCCGUCUGAGAAGGAGGUGCUGGCACCAGGCCGGGCUCCACAGCCACUAGGGGACGCUGGAGCUCUGGAGCCUGUCAUUAGGGCACAGAAAGGCCGGUGGUGUCGGCUGUGUCUGUCUGCAGAAUCAAAGAUGUACGUGGUUCAUGGUGAAACUCAAGGCCAGGGUGUGGGCUCAUUCAAGGGAGGCACACAGCCUGCCUGGGGACAGAACAGCUGGAGAACAUGGCCGAUGGCUCUCCAGGUGGGUUCUGUAGGGUCAGAGCUGGUCUUGAAAGGGUCUAACUCAUUUUAAUUUGGCAGAGUUUUUAAAAACCUGCUGCUGUCAAACUCAGUGCUUUCCGAAGGCGCCUCACUGAGUGGGUGUGGCUCUCCCGGCACUGGGCUGGCCAGAGCGCUCAGCCGGGGCCAGAGCACACGGAGGUCCCAGCCCCCGGCGGAGGGUCCUCAGUCCCUGUGAGAUGGGCCAGUUUCCCCGGGGAAGCCGUCCUGUGAAGAUGCUAGUACAAUGAGGAGCAGAGCAGUGGGGCUGCCAAGGUCCAGACUGCUGACGGUGAAACACUAGAGGGAUCACACGUGGCCUGCAGACCUCAAAUGGACAGAUGGCCACCUCACAGGUGCCUCCUAUCCAGUCAGCUGUUAUAGCUGUCAACUUCCCCCUAGAGGAGAGCAAGGGCCACCAGUCCAGCUGCCUGGCUGUAAAUGUUGUGGAUGGUGUCACACGUCCAGGGGUAGCAAUUGGGUCAGAUCUGCAUUCCAGCUCUAGCCAAACUCAAGCUUCGGUGCUGGGAUGGGAAAAAGGGAACAUUGCCACCUUUUCCUGCACCCGGCUCCCCCCACUGGGCCCAGAGCCCAGCACCUCCCAAAGCAUUAGCAGGACUGGGUCCUAGGCUGCCCAGGAGUGGGGGCACUGCACUGUCAAGGCAACACAGCCAGUCAGUGACAAGGAACUGAAAGCAGCAGUUGAGAACCUCUGCAGAGCACAGUGAAUGACUUGACGUUCCCAGACUCCUGCCAGCCCUCUGAGAGCCUCUCCCCCCGCCCCUUUGACUUUGCCUACUGGGCCUGCAGUGUCAGCGAGGAGCAAGGAGACGCGUCCCCGGUCCUGUGACACACACUAGAGCUCAUCUGUGCCAUGUCUAAUCAGUGUUUUGUGUUUUGGUACUGAGAUAAAUCAGAGCACUUUAGAAAAGUUGACUUUACAUCCCUGCCAUGUUAUGAAGAGAAUAUUCCUGGGCCCUCUGUGCUGGAUGAGUCGAGGCCGUGCAUCCCUGUCCACGGGCUCUGCUCUGACCCUGCAAGAUGCCACAAUUCCUCGGACGCUGAGUCCAAAGAAGUUCCUCUUGGCCAUGUGGUGGGAUCCAACACUUCGCCUUGCAGCCGAAGGUCUCGUGCCACGCAGCAAGGCAAGCCAUUGGCACAUCCUUUCUGGCCAGUACCCUGCCAUCACUCCUCGGUACCAAUUUUAUUUGUAAAGUUAGUGGCCGAGCAAAUGUUCUUAUUCCUGUGGGAUCUGUGCACAUCUUCAUAAAUUGUGACCAUGAUCUUAGUCCGCCUGACAAUAAUUUUUACAAUGAUUGCAGCAUUUCUUCAUGCAGGAUAUUUCAGAACCACCUUAGAACUUAAGACCUGACUCUAGCAAUAAAAGUGUCUUAAGAUGA